AUGGCGGCCAUAUCAAAGCUGGAAACGCUGCUGCAGCCUCACAGCAUCGAGGCGGUUUGCGCAGCUGACCGCGCCAACAGCAAGAGCUACAUUCUCAUAGACGUCGGCCGCGACUCCAAAGGUCGUGCAGUCCCAUCUCUUGAUCGUCUUACGCGGAAAGUCGAGAAGUGCCUCGUCACCGAAAAGAAACGUGUUUUUGUAACCACAAAGUUGUACAUUGUUGGCGAGUGGAACACUGCAGAGCCGAGCGAAGAGCAAGAUGAGGUGGCGUUGCCCACUAUCUAAUGAGAUCUAGUGAUCCUAUGCUAACACACGCUGCAGAGGAAAAAGACCCUUGCGUGCGCGAAGGAGUGGAAUGAUGGCGUCGACGCAAUCCGCAAAUUGAUAGCUGCUAUGGGAAAGUUGAAAGAGCUUGUGUGAGUAAAGAUCGAAACGUCGCAAACUAGGCAAAAAACCGACUCACACCCCAUAGCUGGACAUGUGGCUUACCAUUCAUGGCCUCCGUCUUCAACGAACUCCCCACGAAUCUAACCAAGCUGGUGCUGGACCUGGGAAACCCUGUCCGCGUCUUUGACGACAGUAAAGUUUUGACGAAACUGCACAUCAGAGCCGAUGAUCUGAAGCCGCUACUGAAGCAAACAAGGCUGCUAGAGCUUCGCUUGUUGCGUCUACGAGACUCGGUGCAGUUCGUUGCAUGGAAGACAGUCUUCCUCAGCCAGAUUCCAGGCGGCAUGCGGAUUCUGGAGCUCCAGAUGGAUGUUGCGCCCAUUAUCCGCAGCGAGCAUUGGCGCAAGGCUACAGACGUACGUGGCUUGACCGUAGCGAAGCCUGGGCUGCUCGAGAAGCCGAACAAGUGAGUCAGGCACUCUUGACAGAGAUAAUAUGAAGCUGACCCAUAUGCAGGGGGGAUGGCGGCAGGGGUAGCCUUCACUGGAAGUUCGGCUACGGCGAGUAUCUUGACGGUGAUUGUAUCCGCAAGGCAAGGAUUCAGUCCGGCAUAGAAGAAGCAGUUCCUCUUCCACUGGAGUAAGUUGAUCACCCCUAUCAUUACGUAGAAGAUUGGCUGACAACAGCGUGGCAGGUGUCUCAAGCUUGACGGCUUCGUCAUCGACCACCUCCCGUUCGAGCACGAGCUCGCGGACAUCAUUCUACUCACCUGUGGAGAGAAAUGUAUCGACGCUGGCAUGCGAGCUCCCAAGACCCAGGCCGAGCCACACAAUGCCUGGAGUAAGAGGGUCAACAACGUCGCCUGUCGCUGUCUCAUACAAUGGCCGAACUGGACCGGCAUCUUCGAUACUGAGGGUGAUCAGCGCGACAUGCACGGCGAUGUCGUAACUCAGGACGCAGGUCUAUCCACACCUUAUGCAAAGUACCCUCCAUCAGCCUCACAACUGCCACUCACCGAGAAGACAUUGAACAUGAAGGACAUGGGUGAUACACUCAACAACGUAGCUAAGGCUGACUACUUCAACAUGCCUCCAACUCUUCGACCUCUUUCAGGACCUGACACGCCUCUCGGUGCUGUAUCCAACCUCUCUGAACGUGGCUCCGAAGUGCCGACUCCGACUACCACCGAUAUUCUUACAGUCGAUGGCUCGCUCUCUUCCGGAUCACCUUCUGCGACUAGCUCUUACCUAUUCCAAGCAAACGGUGGCAACGAAUCCACUCCGGAGAUAUCGCCAACCUCAGCACACUGCAACAGCAGUUUCGAGAGCGCUGGCUCAGCUCGCGGUCACAAGGUGAGGAGGUCUUUAGCUUACAACGAUUGGGUCUUUGGCCCCUCUUGA